UAAAGCAAGUCGUCUCAGAGUGGACAGAAGUGACCCAGAUCCGAGUUCCAGUUGGAGACACAAACUACAAACACAUCCUCCUCACCUGAGGGCAGCCCAGUUAAAGAAGACCCCUGACAUUUGUCAGCACCAACUGAGACAGAGGAACAGUUGAGGAGGGGGAGCAUCAGCAUUGUGAACUGACAAGCGUGAAACCAACUUGAGCAUGGGGAGUCCAGGCUGUGAACACACAGGCUUCACCUCACACUCACCUCUUUACAUCAGCCACCCACACACUGAAACCAGGACGGCAUGGCUGGAUGACGGGGAGGACAUCAAACCCCCACGCAGCUUGUUGGGGCUUCCUGAGCUCAGCUUGCCAGGGGUCUACCUCCCCUACUGUGACAGAUUAUAUAUGGAGGAAAACCCUUGGAUCCUGAAAAUGACAGAAGCCCCUGCUUCUGUUACUGCUCCUCCAUCCAGGUCUCCGGAGAUGAACUCAGCCAAGCCCAGCGAGGUCCCGGGACCCCCCUCUGAGAUGGAGGGCCAGGUGGAAGAGCGCUGCCUGGAGCAGGUCCAGACCAUGGUGGUGGGAGAAGUGCUGAAGGAUGUCGACACGGCAUGCAAACUUCUCAACAUCGCACCAGACCCGUUGGACUGGAGCUGUGUACAUGUUCAAAAGUGGCUACUCUGGACAGAGCACUUGCACAGGCUGCCACAGGUCAGCAUCAUGUUUCAGGAGCUUACUGGGAGGGAGCUGUGCUACAUGACAGAAGCAGACUUCAGACUACGCUCCUCACAGUUUGGGGACAUGCUGUAUGCACAUCUGGACAUCUGGAGAUCAACUGCAGCAAUGAAGGCGCGCUGCCCAAAAGAAGAUGACAAAUCUGCAGCUGAUGAUGAUUCCUGGUCAGAAGUGAUCAGUAACUAUCCAAACCAGCCCAUACACCUUUGGCAGUUCCUCCGAGAGUUGCUGCUCAAGCCUCAUAACUACAGCCGCUGCAUCCGCUGGCUCAACAAGGAGAAAGGGAUUUUCAAAAUUGAGGACUCAGCUCAUGUGGCCAGGCUAUGGGGCAUCAGGAAGAACCGCCCUGCUAUGAACUACGACAAACUGAGUCGCUCCAUACGCCAGUACUACAAGAAAGGCAUCAUAAGAAAGCCGGCUGUAUCACGCAGACUGGUCUACCAGUUUGUCAACCCUGUAUUUUGAAGAGAAAACAGACGAUCCAAAGAUAACGAGCUGAAGAGGGACCAAAGAUAUGCUGGACAUACAGUAGAAGUAACUCAGAACCUCGUUCGCUUUUAUUUAAUGUUUUAAUGUUUACUGUUUGUAAAGACUGCCUAUUGAACUAUGCGCUCCUGCCUAUCAAAGAAUCACUCUACUUUUAAAUUCUUCAACACUACAUUUUGUUUUAUUUCAUUCAAACUCCUUUCUUUGAAAUUUUUUAUUUUAGUGUGAUUAUUUUUGUUUUUGUAAAGGAAACAUUUCUGCUUUUAUCUACGAGAACAUCUAAGCCCCUGCCAGGAAUUUUAAGUUGUGUAUGAAACAGACAAAAAUUGUUAGUGAUGCUUUUUGCAAACAUGAUCAUCAGCAAAAACAUUGACUGUUUCUAUAUUGUAAGCUAUUUUUUUAAUGCCAAUAACUUAUAAGAUGAUCUGCCCACUACACAUAGUGCAGGGACGGCCCUUUUUUGUUUUUCUUAAUAAGUGAUAUUUGACUAUUAAAAGAAAACAGGACGAGGCUUUUGGUUAAAACAAACACUGCACAUACACAACACAUUCAUCAGUAAGGAGUCUACAGGGGGCACAACAAUGGGACACAAUCCAAAAGUUCCUCACAGAAGCUUUAAAUAAGUGAUGUAAAUUGUACUAUUUGAUUUCUUGUUGAGAGGGUGAAGUGAAGAUUGACACCACUCUAAAAUACGUAGCUUAAAUAUGUAGAGCUAGCAGUGGCUAGCUCAAAUUAGCCUAGAAGCUGGAAACAGCUAGCCUUGCAUUUUCUAGGAGGUCAAAAAACCCUUAUGUAGUUUAAUGUGUGUUAUUUUCAUCUA